AACUAUCUAAGAUACAUAGCUUAUGCUCAAAAAAUAAAAACUAAGAGGUUUAGCUAGUGGAGUAUUGGUCCCUGAAAGGCGAGCUAGCUAUAUAUAUGCCGUACCAAAAGCUAAGAUAGAUUUGCAGAUAGCUGCUCUGCUCACAAGCCCUGAAUUAGUUUAGCUUAACCCAGCAGGGCCUAACUAAAGGAACACCACUUGGCUGGCAAUUAAUUAGUUCCAUCGACCGAUCAGCCAUGGCUAACUACCACGGCGGUGGGCGGUACGGGAUGGCGGCGGCGGCCAUGUGGAGGGAGCCGGAGAGCCCGCAGCUGAGCCUGAUGAGCGGGUGCAGCUCACUCUUCUCCAUCUCCGCCCUGCGGGACGACGACGAGCUCCUAGCCGGGGCACGGUCACUGCCAGCGACGCCGGUGUCGCUUGCGGGGUUCGCCGGCGGCGACGAGGUGUAUAUGGAGCUGCAGCAGGGUGGUGGCAGCGGCGGCGAUGACCGGAGGACCGUCCGGAUGAUGCGCAAUAGGGAGUCCGCGCUGCGCUCCAGGGCCAGGAAGAGGAGGGAGCGCUUCGAAGCUCUGCUGGCUGUUAAUAUCAUGGGGCAUGUUCUCGUUCCAUGGUGCUGGCAGAGAAUGUCAUGAAGGCCGAGAUCUGAGGACUAGCAAUGGAGGAUCCGUUCUUUAGGGCGAGGAGGAGUUGGCUUGGUGUUUCAUGACUUGGAGCAGCGGCAUGCAAGUGGGGGCGACUGCACAGGAGAAGACCAAAGUCUUAUCUUUCAGGGUGAACAUCCAAGGUCUGGCCUUAAUUGGUUGUGCAUGGCAAUGGCCUUGUUGAAGGCAUUGUUUUGAGAGUGAGGACCUUCUUCAGGGUGAAAAACCAGAUCUUUGAUCGGGCGACGACAGCGCUUGUGCACUGUUCCCUUCUUUGAGGCACCGCUUUUGAAGAAGUUGGACUUAUGGUGCUGUCUUGGUGGUGUUAGUGCUGUUGUUUCAAUGAUUAAACUACCGUAGCGGGACUUUUUCUUUUUUUCUGUAAUUCUUCUUUCUUUUUUUGGCUGUGUGCAUCCGUAAGGCCGCUAGGGCAAUGCGUUGUUGCAGAGGCUGGGUGUAAUUGGUAUCUCCGAUAUUAAUAUAUGCUCUUUGUCGAAAAAAAUAUGAUAUUCCCUGAAAAAAAUUGUUGAAAGAUAUAAGAAACUAAAUUUUAAUGUAAUGCUAGUUAUUUGGGGUUUGUGAGCAGCUGGAUAUAUGCAUCAAUGUAUAAAUAUCUAAGUUAUUACAAGAAAAAGGCAAAUAAUUUUUUAAGUAAUGCUAAUUAUUUGGAGUCUUUGAUCAACCGAACAUAUCGGCUUUGUUAGCCAUUCUAAUGGCAAAACUACUUAUUUGUUUCUUUUAAAUAUAAUUGUUAGUUGAAAGCAUAUUUGAUUAAGAUGUAACAACCCACAUCUUUAGUAAAGUUGAAUUAUGUAACAACUUGAUUCCGCUGCAUAAUUCAGCACGUCACCAUACCUCAGGUCAGCUUACAUCAAAACUAACUGCUUCAAAUAAACUUUGUCUUCAUAUGCUCAUGAUGUUUUGAUAGAUCUUUACAGAAGAUAAAUACUUCCAAUGUAAUAAUACCGAUCUAGCUAUGGAUUUAAAACAUGUUCUUAUCUGAAGUGCUAGUACAGACCAGACUACGCCUGAAAAUAAACCACAUUUGCUGCCCUAGUAUCCUGCGAUAUUUUAGUUUUACAGAAAACAGUAUUCUGAGAAGUGCAAGUUAUUAGAAGCCCAAUCAGUACAUAUUAGUAAGAAACUUUUA